AUGGCGGAAGAAUCGUCUGCACUUUUGCAAUUUAUCUGUAAUUCAUUGAGUAUAUUUGUAAUUACAGUAUGUAUAGUUAUAAAACUACCUCAGAUUCUAUCAUUGAUAAAAGCGGGCAGCAGCAAGGGCCUUAGUUUAAGUAGUGUCCUUUUAGAAGAGUGCGGGUACUCUAUUAUGUUAACAUAUCACUUUGCAAGAGGUUAUCCAAUAACUACAUAUUUUGAAUACACAUUUCUUGUUUUACAAGAUUUAAUAAUUAUUUUACUGAUACUGGGUUAUGAUGAUAAGUUUGGAAUCAGUACAUUAGCUUAUUUUGCAUCAUAUUUAUUUGUUUUUAUAAGUUUUUCCAUGGGUAUGGUACCAGAUAUUUUUUUGACUACAGCUAUUAGUUUAUGUACACCUUUAGCAAUGUCAAGUAAAUUAAUACAGCUAUUUAAAAUAGUGAAAAAUCAAGAUCCAGGCCAAGUUAGUGCCACAACAUGGGGACUGGCAUUCUGUUCCACUUUUGCAAGAUGUAUAACAACAUUGAUACAGACUGGUGAUAAGGCUGUGUUGAUAAACUUCUCAUUAAGUUGUUUUCUUAAUUUCUCUUUAACAUCAUUAGUCAUAUAUUAUAGACAUGAUAAAAAGAAGAAAUUUUAUUGAUCAUUUUUAUAUUUUUAUAAUAAAAUACUGCAACACUUUAAUUCAUUAUGCUUAUACCAAUAUCUAAAAGGAAUAAGCGUUUUUAUGAGAUUCAAUCGACUCGAUCGAUUUACAGGGGUAAAGAGGUUUUUCUAAAUUUUGUAUGUGUAUCGGCAGCACUGGUAGUAUCAAUUUGCAGUUUGCAUCAUUCCAAUUUUCCAAUCAGACAUCUGUGGUUCCUGCAAUGCCACUAAAAUUAAGCGUUCGAUGAGGUCAAUAAUCAUAACUCGUAUAAAUUGCAAGUGUAACAUGAUUUAUAACUAAAGUAAUAUGCUAUGAUGUUAGCUUGAAAACUAAACCCCAAUAAAACACUUUGCAACGUUUGUAUGUGAUUAACAAAAAUAACAGCCAUAUGACUCUCCUUUAUUUUACAUUCUACAAACGAUAUUCCUGUAUAUUCAAUCUACAAAUUUUUACUUAAAAAAAAUCUCAGUACACAUACCGCAAUAAAAAAAAACUCCUCAACUCAUGAUCGAAAGGUGAUGCUUAAAUGUGUUUAAAUUUUUUUGGGGGAUUUUUUUUAAAACGAUUUUAAAUACACUGUAUUAUGAAAUGAUUUUGAAUUUGAAUAUUUGUGAUAAACGUAACAUGAAAGAUGGGUGGUACUGAAAUAAUUCAAAAGGUAAUUUUAUUUCAAAUAUCAAAAACACACUUUAAUGAUUGAAAUGGUAAAUGAAUAUAUCCAAUUGAAUAACUUAAAGAAAGAGAACAUUUGAAUCAUAUGAUAUUAAUGGUUGAAAAUAAAAUAAUGUUCAUAGCGUAACAUGAAAGAGAGAUGAUUUACUUAAAAUAAUGUUAUAUCAAAUUUGUAUAUUAAUAUAAUAAUUAACACAUUCAAAACANAAAAGAG